ACCGGGUGUCCUGUCAUGGCGGCUGAACUUGGCAGCAUAAAAUAUUAACAUUUCAAAGUAUUUCUAAGGUUUUCGUCUUCUUUGGGUCACUUUAGAGAUAAUUAUAUACAGAAGAAGAGAAGGAGACUGUUUGGUAUCAAGUCAAAGUUUUAUUAAUCUUCAAAAAUGGAUAUAGGAUUGAACGAACAUCACCAGAAGAAUGUUGUYAACUAUUUGCGCUUUGCAAGGUUCAAUCGAAGUCAAAGAUUGAGAGGAAUAGAAGGGGCAUUUGAAGAUCUUAAGGAUAGCAGGCUUGUAGAAGAUACGUACACUUUAGAUGAAAUAACAGAAAUGCUGACUGGUCUUUGUGCUGUUGUGAAAGGAGAAGUAGAAUCAGAAUUAAUCAACACAGCACACACYAAUGUUCUUCUACUCAGACAAGUUUUUAGUCAGGCAGAAAAAUGGCACCUCAAACUACAAGCUGAUAUAUCUGAACUAGAAAACAGGGAACUAAUUGAAGAGAUUGCUAAGUUUGAAGAAAGAGAAUUUUCACCUGCUGCUCAAACUUCUCAGACUAAGAUGUCUAAGUUGUCUCAAGCUUCCAAGUUAGAGCCACUAAACGAGGGUGGAGCAGUACCCCUUCUACAAAUGGAAAUUAAUCGUUUAAAUGAUGACAACACUAAACUUAGAAACCGCAUCAAAGACUUGGAAACAAAGGCCACAGGUGUACUUGGUGAACAAAGGAAGCUUAAAGACAACUUGGAACAAACACAAGCUGAGCUAAAGGCCAAAAGUAACCAGAAUGUUGCGAGUGAUUUGUCAGAUCUGGAAGGCAAAAUGGCCAAAGUUAAGAUGGAUCUGAAAAAGUCUAAAGAGUCCGAAUCCCAAAUAGCUGCGUCAUUUGAUGAAGAAAUAGCCAAUGCCAAGCAUGAAAUUCUAAGGCUUCAGGCAGAACUAGAGGACACUCAACAGGAACUGACAAAGAAAUUCAAUGAAACAUCGCAGUAUAAGAAUAUGAAGCAGAUGCUGACAACAAAGAAYGAACAGAUUAAAGACCUUCGAAGUCGUCUGCGCAAGUACGAACCAGAAACCUGAACCAAUACCCACAACAUUGCGUUCAUGUGGCCCGUCCUGGAACAUUUUUUGACUUUGAACCAUUUAAUUGUCGCACUUUGGACUGUGAAUUACAAGUAUUUAUUGAUCACACGAGCCAGUUUCAGAUUCCUGGAAGUGUCUUUGAAAUUUAGACAGUUACAGUUACUUACAAAAAUAGUCAUUCCRUGAAACAGCUAUAAAUAGUUAAUUACAUUUAUUGCAAAAUUAAACAAAAGGAACAUUACGAUGGAACCAAAUUGGGAAAUUUGCAUUGUCACAGAAAUAUCGUCCUUGUCUGAUAUUAAAGUAUCCUAAAGACCUA